ACCUUAGCCCUUUCGCUCAUUUUGUUGCGCCUCCCUUCGGUAACCCUAAUACACCUUUUCUCUCCAUUUUGUUUUUAUUCUACGUCCAACAAGCGAAGGUAAGGCAAAGAUGCCGCCAAAGUUCGAUCCGUCUCAAGUGGUCGACGUGUUCGUUCGGGUGACCGGAGGCGAGGUCGGAGCUGCGAGUUCACUUGCUCCUAAAAUCGGUCCACUUGGUCUCUCUCCUAAGAAGAUCGGAGAAGACAUCGCUAAAGAAACAGCCAAAGAAUGGAAGGGCUUACGUGUCACUGUGAAACUUACUGUGCAGAACCGUCAGGCGAAGGUCUCGGUUGUACCCUCCGCGGCUGCAUUGGUCAUCAAAGCUUUGAAAGAGCCUGAGAGAGACCGGAAAAAGACUAAGAAUAUCAAACAUAGCGGCAACAUCACUCUCGAUGAUGUGAUCGAAAUCGCUAAGAUUAUGAGGCCAAGGUCCAUGGCUAAGGAUCUGAGUGGAACCGUUAAGGAAAUUUUAGGCACGUGCGUUUCGGUUGGGUGUACGGUCGAUGGAAAAGACCCUAAGGAUCUGCAGCAGGAGAUUACUGAUGGGGACGUUGAGAUUCCUCUUGAUUAAAGAAAGCAGAUAUCUUGUGAGGGUCUCUUCUUUAUAUUUUAGCUUUUUAAGUUUAUUUUUCAAUAUCUGUGUUUUUAUAUUUAUCAGUUUUGGAUCUCUGUAAGGAUUUUGAUCAUGUCUCCGAAUUUCAGGCUUUCAGAGUUAGAAAUUUUUUAUUGGAAUCAGGAGAUGUAAGGUUGAAUUUAAUGGGUUUUUGGAUAAUAUUUGAGACGUAAAUUUGAUCUUUAGGCUCAUUUUUACAAUACAUUUCGUUAAGCCAAGUAUUGUGUUUGAUUUGUGUUA